CCAAACAUAUCAGUUUGGGAAUAAACCCCUCCUUUGCUUGCGAGGAACCCCACUUUCUACUUCUUAUAAGUCGGUCCAUCAACCAGCCAACUACUUUACAUCUAUCUACCUACAUAGACAUUGGUACAUGUAAUCCAUACAACACCAUAUCGCGUCGCAAAAUAAAACUCGACACGUAUGGCGGACUUCUUACCACCUACAGGCCCGCCGCCUCCUAAGGUACCAGAAGGCUGGGUCGCCCGCUGGAACGAUCAAUACCAUGAGUGGUUCUAUGUCAAUACGUUUACCAAGAAAUCCCAAUGGGAUAAGCCCACCGAGCCUGCCGUAGACCCGAACGCUCGCGACGACAGCCUGCCUCCUGGCCCACCUCCCGGCUACACCCCAGGUCGAAGCCCCGCGCCCACCGACUCUAAGAAUCCCUUCAUCAACGAAGCCACCAAGCCUAGCGGGCCCUCGGGUUCACACGAUGAGGAUGCGGAUGCUCGAUUAGCGCGCCAGCUACAGGAGGAAGAGAACGCUCGUGCUGGUGGUGCUGCGCGGUCGUACACUAACGCCCCGACUCCACCGCAGGGCUACUCCCCAUAUCCGGAUCAGCAAGGCCAACUACCACCACGCUCUGGAAGUGGUACAACCGACAAGGCCAAGGGCCUGCUAGGCAAGUUCUUUGGUGGAAAGAACAAGCCCCAGGGCUACGGUGGCGGCGGCUAUGGUGGUGGAUACCCGGGUCAGCAACCACAAUACGGAGGACCUCCUCCCCAGCAGUACGGUGGCUACGGCAGCCCUCCCCCACAACAGGGAUACUACGGUGGACCGCCCCCAGGUCAGUACGGAGGUUACGGGCCUCCGCCUGGCCAGUAUGGUGGUUACGGUGGCGGAUACCCUCCCCAACAAGGUGGCUACUACCAGCAAGCUCCGCAAAAGAAGCCAGGUGGCGGUAUGGGAGCAAUGGGAGGCGCCGCGUUGGGUGUAGGUGCGGGUCUAAUAGGUGGUGCUUUGAUCGCAGAUGCGAUUGACGACCACGAAGACCACGAGCAGCAGGAAGCGUACCAGGAUGGUUACCAGGACGGCCAGGAUAAUGAUUUCGGCGGUGGUGACUUCGGUGGUGAUUUCUAAGCUGCUCAUUACCUGACGCUAUAUUCACAUCAUAUUUAAACCUAUGUUUGCGAUGCUUUCUACCACAUAUGAGCACUGUUUAGCUGGGGAGGCUGUUUAGAUUGGGUCGAGCAAGGAAGCCAGAACGAGAUAGGCAAAGAAGCAAGUAGCCAAGCAUUGAUCAUGAUUGAAUGAAA